AUGAAUUUAGCACGCCGCUACGCGACCGAGCAUGAUCAUUCCAUAGGUCCUCAAGGAAGUCACCGGGUAGUAGAUAAAAAUGUGGUUACUGAUUCAGCUGUGCACGUCGACAUAUCCAGGGCAGGAGGUAGCGGGAUCACCAUCACUGCCGAAAGAGAAGCACCCACAGAGGAGUCCUCUAAGUGGACUAGAAGGGAAGUUUUCUGCGCUUGGCUUCUGGUUUGCUUUUCAACGGGCCCCACGUCUUCUAUGACUAAAGUAUACAUACCCGCCGUUAUUCAAUCACUUGCCCAUGCUGUGGGACACCAAAAAAAUUCGACGCUGAAGUGUCUACCGACGGGCGACAACUGCUAUGUUAGCUUCGGAGCGGCAACUGUACAAUACACAUACGUGUUGUACCUCAAAGCGAUUUAUACAGCUUUGGAAGGCCUUGUGGCUACCUUGAUAAUGACUGUGGCCGACUAUAGCAAUUACCGGAAAUGGUUGUUGUUAGCUUCAAUUGUAGUGUUCGGAGUAUUGGCAUGUCCUUUUGCCGCACUGGAUUCAGAGACGACAGUCUCCUUGAUUACCGCCUCUGUGAUUUAUUGUUUGAUGUUGGUGAUCGAAACAAUUUACCAAAUCAUCGAAGGUUCUUACGUGCCGAUAUUUAUGUUUGCAGCUACCCAAAAGGUGACGUCGACCUAUUAUGCGAAUGGGAAAGGAAGUAUCGCCUUAGAACGAGGAUCCAAGGUGAGUGCUCUCGCCUUAAUCAUGGGCAAUCUUGGUGGUAUCGUAGCGUUAAUUGUUGGCGCUAUAAUUAGUUACUCUGUGGGGCGCCCUAAUAGCACAAAUGUGCGGAACUAUUUGAUCGCAAUAUCCUCUGCCGGUGUGAUGACUGUAGUAGUCGGUGGCAUAUCAGUUUGCUUUGUACCCUCUUUGCGUGGGAGGCAAUUAGUGUUGGAUGAAACAGAACCACUAUUUGCGCAGCUCUUGAAGCUGCCAUUUUGCAAGCUCGUGGAGAUCUUUCGUGAUUUUUGGGAAUACAAGGAGGCAAUGAAGUUUGUCGUGGCUUGGGUACUUUGGAAUAUUUCGUUUUCAAAUUUUCUUUCAGUAAACGGCUUAAUGUUUCGUUCUACGCUCGGCAUCACAACCUCUAACGCCGAAUACACCGUAUGGCAGCUGAUGGCAAAUAUUUUGGCCCUCUUGGGCUCACUGGUGUGGAUGCUACUUUACAAUUUUGUUGGUCAAAAGACAUCCAACUCCGACAAUAUCAAGCUCGUAAAAAAAUCUUUGUUUUCUUUACUGUUCUUUGGGUGGUUAGCCAACUUCUGGGGCGCUUUGGGGGCAAGCUCCCAAAUUUUCAUCGGGUACAAACACAGGUGGGAAUUUUGGUUGGGCCUUAUAUUAUUUAUGGGCACCAGCAGUGCUAUCAGGGCAAUAAAUCGUGUGCUUUAUAGUACCAUGUUGCCGAAGGAGAAAGAAAACCAAUUCUUCGGGCUCGAAAUAAUGCUUGGUCUUCUGACAGGUUGGUCAGAACCUCUGUUAGUCGCGGUAAUCAGUGAUCGCACAGGUAAUUCACGAAUGCCAUAUAUUCCUAACACAUUUCUCUUUACAGUUGCCGUGGGUGCAUAUUACUGGUGUGACAUGGAAACUGGAAUGCGUCGCGUCGGAAAGCUUUAA